UUACUGUCGUAAAUUUUUAUGUGAAUUGAUCCCGCAUAUAUUAACAGAAUGUUUAAGAGACGUCGUAGAUUUAAGAUAAAUCCUCGAGAUCACACACACAGAAAUACUUUUUUAUUCGACCAAAAUUUUUCUGAAGACUAGCAAUUACCUUAGGAAAGAUGUCUUUUAUCAAACGCGCUCCCCAGAUUUUGAAUAAUAUUUGAAACUAAACCCUGGGGAAGACUUGUUUACAUAUAGCCAAAGCUGUUUGAUUUAAACCACCCGGUAGAGAAAUAUAUAAAAAGAAUAAAAAUAAAAAAAUGUAUAGCUAACUUUAUCAACAUGAUAUUUGCGUUUCCACAAGAUAAAAAAAAAAAUUGACAUCUGGAGUGUAAGAAAUAUAUAACAACACCAAGAUAGCUCAGUGAUCGACGAAAUUUACAUUUUGGGCAGACGAUGGCAACUGAUAAAUUCAAACGAGAAAGCUUAAGCAAGCGUCGCCGCGCCUCACUGUACGAAGAUUUGUAACUUUUGAACCUCAAUGCAAGGAAUACCUUUGUCAAAGUGCAACUUAAGCAUGGUUGGACACAACGAACAGGAGCACGAAAAUUUAAUGCAGUCUCUACCUCGGGUGAUAGCACUCAAUGUUGGUGGACACUAUUUUGAAACUAAGUUGUCCACACUGACCAAGGAUAAAGACUCUAUGUUAGCCGCCAUGUUUAGUGGCCGGCACGAACUGGAAACUGACAGUGAAGGGAGAUAUUUCAUUGACCGGGAUGGAACGUACUUCAAAGAUAUCCUAAAUUAUCUUCGAGACAGCACACAGCUUCCAUCCUCUGACAGAGCUCUCGAGGUUUACAAGGAAGCACAAUUCUACCAAAUACAAGGCUUGAUCAACACUCUAGAACGUUUCUCCAACGUCUUUGCACAAAAACUAGAAGAGAAAAAGAAAUCUAGGCUGGGAAGCGAUUUUGAAAAGUGGCAACAAGAUAUCAUCACUCGCGCGCAAAACAAGAGUCUCCAAAACCUGACGUCUACAAGUAAAGUGAGCCUGCUGUCGGAAGAGGAUCAUAAAAAGAUUAUGGAAUGCGGAGACUGCGUCGGUCCGCAUGCGCACAAUCUGGUAGUAUCCAAACCUGCUAAACAGGGGGUAAUUCAUCAUCAGGAGACAUUUGAUUACGUACAGCGACGGUUCAAGGAAACUGAACUUGUUGUUUGUAUUCUCACGAAUGCGGAUAUGAAAAUGUUCAUAAGCAUCACCGAGGCCGACUUUAGAAAUAAUGGGUACUGCGUUAGCUUUCGUGACGAAAAAAUCCGUUGUAAGAAUGUCAAGUUGCAUUAUGGGAUAGGAAAAGAGGAGUGUCGGUUUAACCUAACGGAACACGUGGUCGAGUUUGAAUGGUGAUUAAGCGACCUUGGCUAGCUCUUAUCAGCGAAGGAAUGGGGGGGAGGGAUAGGGAGGAAUCGCGCUCGCCACAACUUGCCGACCCCCUCCACUUUAUCGAGACACUGUAAAUUAUAGGUAAACAGAUGUUCCCCUUUUUAUGUUCCUCCCCCUCCCCCGUAUAAAUUUCCUACCCCGUGCCCUUUCAUCUCCUGUGUCCCAGGCCCCUCCCACCCCUUACCUUUCUGGCCUCCUUCUCCCCUGUCCGCACCUCUUGGGAGUAGUCCAUAGAAAACGCGUCAUUUUUGCGUGGUUCAGGCAAGCACCAUGGAAACGCAAGGGGUGAGAUUAUCCUCGUGCACGUCUCGCUCCUCGCGCUCGUCUCGCAUCACCUUCCGCGCGCCAGAAAAACGCAAAAAAAUUAAUAUAGCUUGUUCUGCAAAAUUCUUUGGCGUGAGCUUCAAAAUUAAUUAAUGGUCACUUGUUUGAAAUAAAUUUACUGGAAUUCCUAUCCAACACCGUGUCUGGAGUUGCGGACAUUGAAGUGAAACAUGCGGAUAAAGAUACCGUUGACGCUGAGGCGUGGAGACAAUGCCAGCAAUGAACGCUCAAAUGAAUCGAGAAUAUCUUCUAUUAUAUACGUACCACUUGUGCUGUUAUACAUUUUUCAAAUGUAACUUACAAGAGAAACGUUUUUAAGAGAGAGAAAUUAAGUAAAACGAUAGGUAUUUAACCUUUUUAGAAAGAAAAAGCGUAUACUUCCCUCCCAUAAUCUCCUACAAGCAUUUCAGAGGGUCUCAUCGGGUUAAACGAUAGCCGUAAAAUAGCCAACAUUUUAACUGUAAAAGCCAUCAUCCCAUUAAGACACUUAUUUUAAAACUUUUGAACAAAAUGUUCAAGACAACUGAACAAGGCCGGCAUUACCUUUUUUCAUUUUGGUAAGGCAGUUUUCAUCUCAGAAUUUAGAACACAUUCUUGUCUUCCGGAAAUAAACGAAAAACAGAAAAAGU